AUGGAGCCACCAAGUUUACUACCGCACGUCGAUGAGCUCGUGAUGGAGUAUUUAUUAUUCCGUGGCUUUGCUAAAAGCUUUCAAGUAUUUAGUGCUGAGCGUAAACGUGAUCGUGCCAAGGGCUUUGACGUGGAACAAAUCAUCUCUCAAUUGUUAUUAUCCGUACAAAAUUAUCAGAUUGAAUCAGUAUUGGAAACAUGGAAGUUCUUAACUGCACGUUUCUUUAAUCAUUUAGAUGCGUCUUAUAUAUCGACAUUGCAACAGUUGGAAACGUCAUUGCUGAGACUUUAUGUGGUGAAUGCCGUCAAGUGUGGACAUCGAGAGAAAGCUACCGAGUUUUUUCAAAUGUAUGCGGAUAAACUAAAUGCUUCCGUGGCAGCUAAAGAAAGUGGAGGGUCGGAUUCAUGGAGUCGCUGGUUUAUUUUGCCAUAUAUUGAGCACCCAGAGAACGACCCGUACUUUCAAGUAUUCUUUGGUCAGCCGUGGCUGGAGGCCUUUGUAACGUCUUUUCGUAAUUUUUUAUCGCUUGUUUUUCGAAACUUGCCAUUGCCGAAGUUGUUGGCUUUUCAGCUAGCAAGACUAGAAGAGCCGACUUUGAAAUUGCGCCUUAAGGUAAGCCAGUCGGAAGCUACGAGACUUAGAUUAUACAAUAGCGAAGCAACAGCUAAGAUCACGAAAUUGGAAGAAGCUGGACGGCAAUUGCACUCGAUUCUACGCAUGAUGGUGCAGCACAGCUUCAUGGAACACUUUUCAACUUCAAGUUCUAUGGAUGUGGCAAAUAAUAGGAAUAAAAAUCGGAGCCGGAGCCGCAGCCAUGGUGCAGCAACAGCGAAUGUUGGACUCUCGCAGAAGCAGAUGAAAGACAUUAGAGAUCUUUUUGGUAUAAUCAACGAAGAUGGUUCGCAUGUAGAUUGUUCGUCCGUGGACCCGCGUGACAUCCCACGUGUUGCAGAAGUGUACCUGCCUGUUGAUGAGCUGAGUGAUGAUGACGCUCUCGAUCGAGAUAACAAAGAGGACGAAGAUAUUGUGGAUGCGUCAAAAAACCUAGAGAAUGAAGCAAACGAUGAUACUAUGGCACAAGUGUUUUGUCCUGUUGGCAUCUCCUCAAGUCCUUUUGCUGAAAACUUGUCGAAUGACCAGCCAUUACCGCCAUGGUCUACUGACGAAUCUGAUAAACUGAGCGAAAACAUUCGGGCAUCUUUGAUUCGUGAAUUUACCGUUGCUCCGUUUUCUACAAUUAAGUUACCGGCACGACUGACUAGCCUGAGUUGGUUGGGUCCGAGAGCAAACAAACAGCUGCUAGCGUGUACACUGGAAGGAGGAGAUCUGAUGCUAUGGGACACUGAUGGACAGAAAAUUAUCACGUGUCCACCAAACGAGAAAAACGUGCAAGCUCAACAACUCAUGUGUGCUCGGGAAGCACCCAUUGCUGCGUGUUUGCUUACUAGUCUUGAUGAAGAGGAAAAUACCUUCCAACAAGUUCUUGUUUUGCAUGGAGGUAUGGAGGAGCCCUUGCAAGACUACUUUUCUAUGGAAGGAAAGCAACUUACGUGCCUAGCGUGGAGCAAUAUGGGAAAUAGCGGAUACACCGGUGUAAUCUGGUUACAUGCAGCGGCUCCGCACGCACUGAAGUUGGUAAUUUAUCCGCCAUCUGUUUGUCCCCCCGAUGGAACGUCAAUGUUGAGUGUUCAUGAGAACGCCAGUGCUGUGAUGGAAUGGUCUGUCACGCCAAUUAUGGUUGCUGUCGCCGCUCAAACUGAUGCGUCUAGCGUUGUUAAAGGAAGCGUGAUCGAUAUGAAGCCAACACUAUUGGGUACGUACCAGAUGGACAAACCGUUGGCUGCCCAUGACACUGGGGUAGACACGACGAUACGCUUUGUUGGAUCGGGUGAUUAUUUUGUGGUUGCUGAUGCUGCUGUUCUCUAUAUUUUCAAGCGUGGCGAAGAACGUGCUAUGUUGACUUUCUUACCAAAUCAAGCAACGAUGGCAGAUUUAGAUUGUCAUCCGAAUCUACCUGUGAGUUGUUCUGCUAACCAAGACGGUGCCGUUUCGUUGUGGAGCAUGAAGGGAGUUUGA